AUGUCCGACUCCGAGUCGGACUACUUCGAUGAUGAUGACUUUGUUGUCCCAAGUACCCCCGCCGACCACCUCCCUUCACCCCGACCUACGAAACGCCGUCGCGUUCACUCGCCAGCACGCGGGGCAGGUCUCAUCGUCGAUGCGGCGUCCGAGACCGAUUCGGUCUUGUCGAUGGAUGAUAGUCUGAUGGAAGAUCGCCGCGACCCAUCCUCCGACUAUGAAGAUCUCCAGCAGCGACCCAGAAACCGGAGCUUUGUUCCGAAACAAAGCAAUUUCCAAGAGAACAUGUUUGUCACGCAACUCACGCAACCCGACUCCAGCCCUGAACGCAUUCGAGGUCCUAGAUGGAAAAAGCCGGAUCCGAAAUCGCCCACUCCGGAACCGAUCCGAACUCCCGAAUUGAACAAUUCAAAGCGACCCUCAAACAAUUAUUACAAUGAGGAGGAAGAACUGAGGGCGGCGCUGGCUGCUUCCCUGGACGCAUUCGAAGAGGAGAAGCCAUUCAGAACUGCAUGGGAGCCGCAAAAACCAACAAAUACAGGCCAUCAGCAAGCAAUGUCCAACCAGGCUCAUGAAACUCCGUCGCUGGAUGUCUCUUUCGAGCUAAACGACAUUCCUGACGAUGCGUUCGACUCGUCCCCAAAUCUCUCGCCGGUAUCCCGACCUGGGCAAACAGGUUCCUUCCAAACGAGCUUCUCUCGCCCUACAGACCAUCCAAAAAACACUCGCCAAAGUACUCUUUACGGGAUGACAGCACAGAACCUGGACCUCCUACCCCAAGAACAAGACCCGUCGCCGCCGGAUAAGGUCGAGCGUCCAACACAACACAAGCUCAAUCAAGAUGCCCUCGACACAUGGUGGUACCCGACAAAUUUAGGGAAAACACGAGACUAUCAGUACAAUAUUGCCCAGAGAGGACUCUUCCAUAACCUGCUGGUUGCGUUGCCGACUGGUCUGGGAAAGACCUUUAUCGCGGCAACCGUCAUGCUCAACUGGUUUCGAUGGACGAAAGAUGCGCAGAUUGUAUUCGUUGCCCCGACCAAACCUCUGGUUUCACAGCAGGUCUCGGCGUGUCUAGACAUUGCCGGCAUACCUCGAUCGCAAACAACAAUGCUUACUGGAGGCGCAGCACCCGGAAUUCGCGCAGAAGAAUGGCAAUCUAAGCGCGUAUUCUUCAUGACACCGCAAACGCUGAUAAACGACUUGAAGACUGGCAUUGCUGAUCCCAAGCGUAUUGUAUUGCUCGUUGUCGAUGAGGCUCACCGUGCGACUGGUGGCUAUGCCUACGUUGAAGUGGUCAAAUUUCUACGGCGCUACAAUCAAAGUUUUCGCGUCCUCGCGCUGACUGCAACACCGGGAUCGACCGUGGAAUCGGUCCAGGCAGUUAUUGAUGGGCUGGACAUCUCGAAGGUGGAGAUCCGUACAGAGAACUCCAUUGAUAUUCGGGAUUAUGUGCAUGCCCGCAAUAUCGAGAUCGAAACAUUCGAGAAUUCCGAGGAGAUGCUCUUCUGCAUGGAUCUUUUGUCCACAACACUGCGCCCGUUGGUUGAGCAGUUGACGACUCUGAAUGCGUAUUGGGGCAGGGACCCCAUGGCACUCACAGCAUAUGGUCUCACCAUGGCCCGGCAAAAAUGGAUGCAAUCAGACGCUGGCCGAAACGCACAUUUUGGGUUGAAAGGCAAAGUCAAUGCGAUCUUCACGUUACUUGCCAGUCUUGCUCAUGCUAUCGACCUAUUGAAAUUCCACGGCAUUGUGCCCUUUUAUCGCCAUCUGCACCACUUCAAGUCUGGUACUGAUGGCCAGAAAGGUGGAAAAUAUCAGAAGCAAGUUGUGCAAGAUGAGAGCUUCAAAAAGCUCAUGGGUCAUCUUGAACCUUGGAGCAAAAACCCCGAAUUCAUUGGCCAUCCGAAACUCGAGUAUCUCAAGUCUGUCAUUCUCAAUCAUUUCAUGGACGCGGGCGAGGGCGGGAAACUGGUGAAAAUACCGGCCAGCCGGCCACUCGAUGCCGAAGAGGUGACCAGAGUGCUGAAGCGUUAUGCACCCAUGAUUCGGCCCCAUAUCUUCGUCGGCCAAAGUAGUGCCAAAGGCUCCGAGGGUAUGGACCAGAAGACCCAGCUCAAGAUCAUUGAGGAGUUCAAGGCUGGAAAAUAUAAUACGAUUGUCGCUACCUCAAUCGGAGAGGAAGGUCUAGAUAUUGGAGAAGUGGACCUUAUUGUCUGUUACGAUUCCUCGGCCUCUCCAAUCCGCAUGCUACAACGUAUGGGUCGAACUGGUCGUAAGAGAGCAGGAAACAUCACCCUCUUGCUCAUGAAAGGCAAGGAAGAAGAUUCCUAUAUCAAAGCCAAAGACAACUAUGAGAAAAUGCAACAGAUGAUUGCAAGUGGCUCUCAGUUCACCUUCCAUGAUGAUCGAUCUGCUCGUAUUCUCCCUGCUGGAAUACGCCCGACACCUGAUAAGAGGAUCAUCGAAAUCCCACCAGAAAACUCUCAACAGGAACUACCCGAGCCAAAACGCCGAGGCCGAGCGCCGAAGAGACCUCCAAAGAAGUUUCACAUGCCUGAUGAUGUUGAGACAGGGUUUACUCGAGCUUCUACGUUGGAGGAGGGUUUUAGCAAAGCAAAAACAAAACCGAAAGCGAAAGCUAAGGCACCAGCGCCAAAACCACGAUCUCGCACACCCACCCCUGAACCUGUCGAUAUCCCGCUUUUGGAGGAAGUUUUACUAAAUGCGACUGAGGAAAGUGAACUCGAACAUCAUUAUCAGAACAUUGGGGACACAUCGCCGGAGUUCAUUAGAUAUCCGCGUCACGAUGCAUUUCCACGCUUGCAACUUGUUGCGAGACCCACCAGAACCGUGCGGCAUGGUUCUCUUACACAACGCAUGAUCACUACCUUGCAGAAGAUGAAUCAGGCCGGUCCUGAUUGUGAAGCAAGAUUCAAGCAAGUCUUGGCUCGCGAGUCUGCUACUCCUCCUCGGCCAUCUUCGAAAGUCUCGAAGACGUCAACCGAGAAGCGUCGAUCGAGCAAGAAAGCAACCAAGACGCCUCGACAGUCCAAUUCUGGCAAGAAACCCACAAAGACUCCAGCUCUAAGUCCUCAAAAUGCGGAAAUUGCCGCUCUUUUGAUGUCUCCAAAUACGUCUGAUAUAGAAUCAAACCCCAAGAGGAAGUCUGUUCAACGGCCUUCAUUGCAGGAUCGAAUGGACGUACCGCAACCUCUCCAGCAGGUCUUGAACCCCCCAGAAAGUGACCUCGGUCAUGAUGGGUCCGACUUCGAUCUUCCAGAUGCCAGCAUUUUUUUCGGGAAUGACUCGGAUCCAGAGCCAAACCCAAAGCCAAGUGCUCGUAAUAACAGACCGGUUAUUCAGGACAGUGAUGAUUGGUGA